UCGACUGAUCGUCGAUUCUUAAUACAGCAUUUAAUGCGAAUGACUAAAUAUGCAAUAAAAAGCCCCUAGCCUGACAGAUAUCAAUUACAAAGCAUAUUUCACCACAAAACCCAGGCGUAUAAUGGUGGAAAGCCUCUGGGAACAUCCUUAUCUUAUCGGCGUGGUGGACACGAGACGACCACUAAUCAGAGUAUUAUAGAGUAGUGCUAACUCAUAAUAUUGAUAAACAAAAUAAAGGCCAGCCAAGAGGAACACGCGCGUUUAUUGGCAGAGAAUAGGUGCCAGAACUACGGGAAUGUCCGAACCGGGAUACAAGAAGCUGAGCGAGGAGAGGACGCGGGAAUGGCUGGCCAGCCAGGUGAGCACCUCCACCGAGGACGAGGAGCUGGAGUCCAUAGCGGAGUCCUCGGUGGUGGACAGCUUGGACUAUGACUACACGGAGGACGAUGAUAGGGAUCAGAAUAUCAGCACCAUGACACUAGGCACCCAGAUUGCCACCAAGAAACAGUCCAUCAUCAGCGACACCAUCAGGGACCUGAUGAACUCGAUCAACAGCAUUCAGACGCUGGGCAACGUCAACAUCAGCAACUCCACGAACGUCCACAUCGGCAAUGUGACCAAUAUCAAUGGAAACAUACAGAUCAUAGCCGAGGGCCUGAGCCAAAACCGCAGAGACAGGGAUCGUCGAUCGCCCCCAAAGCACAGCGGCCCCAAACCAGAGACCCAUUUCGAUGAGGACUAUCAGGAUGAGUCGGAGGAAAGGGUGCGAUCAGAUGUUUUUAUCAGGCGACAGAAGUUCAAAAUACCCAAAGAGCUGUGCUCCAUCGUUCCGCGCCAUUCCUGGCUGGCCCAGAAGCCCAUGGAGGAUCCUCAGCCCCUGCAGCUCCCCGUUAAAUAUGUGGUCAUCUUACAUACUGCUACCGAGAGCUCAGAGAAACGCGCUAUUAACGUAAGACUUAUCCGUGAUAUGCAAUGCUUCCACAUAGAGUCGCGGGGAUGGAACGACAUUGCGUACAACUUUUUGAUCGGCUGUGAUGGCAACAUUUACGAGGGACGCGGCUGGCAUGCGGUGGGCGCCCACACCCUGGGCUACAAUAAGAUAUCGCUCGGGAUCAGUUUCAUUGGCUGCUUCAUGCGGGAACUACCGACAAAGGAAGCUCUGACCAUGUGCCGCAAUCUGUUGGCCCGCGGCGUGGAGGAUGGCCACAUAUCACCUGACUACAGACUCGUUUGCCACUGCCAGUGCAAUUCCACGGAAAGUCCUGGCCGGCAGCUGUACGAAGAGAUACAGACAUGGCCCCACUUUUACAACAUUGAGGAGGAGGAGGAGGAGGAGGAGCAAUAAAGGACAAACAAGCACGUUAUUCACACACAUACCUGAUUUAAAUGCACCCGAGUUGAGUUUACAUCUUUGUUGAAAAUUAAAUCACACGUUUAUAAAUUUGA